CUUUUUUGAGGGUAAUUGUUGGCAUGCUUCUUACCACCUCGAAUGUAAAUCAUGGAAGAAGUGGACAGGAGUAUAAAGUCAGCAUGGCUUGCAAGACAUCUGAUGAGGGCUAGAAAAUAUGAGGCUCAGAAAAUUGCUUGGAAGAUAUUCUUUUUGGAGAGAAGAGACAUUAAUGAUUUCGGACGUGCAGACUUGGAAGCAAAGAUAUCUCAAGCUUGCAAACUACUAUUUUCCCUAAGGAGAGUGCGCAUCAAGAGCUUGGCUGCUGAGCUUGCAAAUCGGAGCAAGUUUAUUAGCUUGUAUGAUGACACCAUUGCUCAAAACUUGAAGCAGCAUUUUUCUAGUAAUGAAGAAAUUGCGAAGCAAAUAAUACUCAAAUCAAAAUUGUCCGACAAGACUUUGCGAAUUCUUCACAAGUAUCACAUUUCAACUACCCAUAAACAACUCCAGUCAUCGGAAGCAUCAUGCAAACCUGAACACACUGUCAAACAUCCCGCCACUGCUAGACAGAGGGAGCGAAACCCAAAGAGAACAGCACCUACUAGGAAAAUGAGAGGACAAGGAACAAAUGGAAAAUCUUCUGUGGUGUCUAGGAGACCCUCUACCCUUGACUCUGUGUUUAUUGGUUCACUGUCGCAGUCCUCUAAAGGAGUUGACAAACCUUCCAGAAAGAAGCCAGCACAAAAGAAUCGCCUUGGGCAAAGAUCAAGACAACAGCAAGCUGAGAGUGUGUAUGGAGGAGCAGCCAGGCACUUGAAGGGGACCAAGCACACACACUCUAGUUCAGGCAAAUCAAGGAAGCCCUUGAACAAGGGUCGGUCAUACAAGCCGAUCCAAACACACUACACAAAGAAGACCCCACCCACUAACAAACAGCCUCAGGGCUCGGAACAACUGCACCCAUCAUGGGCAGCCAGUAAGAAGCGGAAAGAAAUGGAGAACAGAAUCUUAAAACCACAGGGACAAAAAAUUAUAUUUGCAGACUCAGACUAAUUAUUAUUGAUGAAUGAAAUGUGGUUUCCAAAAAAAUUAUUUAUUGAA